UUCAUUAGUCAUUACUGUUGUUCUCUCUCGCUAUUGUCAAAAAUAAAGUUCUUCCUGCGUAUCCCAGAGCACACUUUCAAACACGAAGGCUAAUCUCGAUUCGCGCAGUUCUGCCACCGGUCUCUGCUUUCGAACUUCGAAUGGCUGCCAACAAUCCUUCACAGCUGCUCCCAUCAGAGCUAAUCGAUAGGUGCAUAGGGUCGAAGAUUUGGGUAAUAAUGAAGGGAGACAAGGAGCUCGUUGGUACUCUCAGGGGCUUCGACGUCUAUGUCAACAUGGUCCUCGAAGACGUUACUGAAUACGAGAUCACUGCAGAAGGGAGGCGGAUAACAAAGCUUGAUCAGAUUUUACUAAAUGGAAACAACAUUGCCAUUCUUGUUCCCGGUGGUUCGCCCGAUCCAGAAUGAGAGUGCAGUUAACCUUAUUUGAUUCUCGAUUUUUCUCCUUUUUAUUGUGGUUGGGGUCAGAUUACUCCUCUGUUUUAAUGAAAAUUCUGGCCACCAGCACGCUCUUUUUCUCUACCACAUUGUUGUGUAGUAAUUGUCAUGGUUGUAGGAUAAUGGGAAGUGGGUUUUCCAAAUGAUCAUGAAGUAGAGUUUUUUGUA